GUGGUCACUUAUUUACUAGUAAGCCAGAAGCCCCAAAGCAGCUAUGAAGUGCAAGUUAUACAUGACUGGACCUUUUGGACGGUCCUGAGCCAAGACCCCGUUUACGCCGAGCUGAGGAAAGACGAGAGGCUGACGAAAGAAAGCGGAGAAAUUCUGCAGGCGCAGGUCUGCAUCCUGCUCAGGAAAAUAAGUUCUCUGAAGAAGAUCCACAGUGAGCUGGGAGCAGAUUUACACGACAAAGGUGAAGCCACCAAGUUUACCAUGAAAUGCAUGACCCUUGAGCUCAACAUGCCGAGCUCCUGUCUGCCUGCCGGUCAGUACAAGCCUCACCAUGUGGGCUAUGACACAUGGCUGUCUCACUGCAAAGACCUGAAGACGGCGGCCAACAUCCUGAUGAAGGACUCUUCUUCCUUCAGGGGAAACCUGAGGUUCUCUCUGGCCAAUAUAAAAAACGCCCACAAGCGUCAGCGCCGCAGGAUAGACGACGCUCUGAGGAAGAAAAUCUACGAACUGACCAGAAACCAGGAAAUGCUGCUCUUGAAAAGAAAGCAGAUCAGUGAUGACAUUUCUGAUCAGACCAAAGAAAUACAGAAACUGAAGUGUGAGAUCAGGAGCUGUGACACCAAACUGGAUCAUGCUUCCCACCGCCUGGACAUCCUCAACCAGAGACCUGGAUACGAGCUCUGCCGGGACUUGCCGCACAUCAGCCUCACGCUGGAGAAUUACGACCUGGUAAAAAUAGGAGCUGGACUUCGCUCGGCGCUGAAGUUCUCUCAUCAGAACCUGGAGCUCCAACACAAGCACCUGAUGAUUGUCGAGGAGAAACUGUCCAAAAACGCUCACAUCCUAGGGGUGGAGCAGAAGUGUCAGAGCCUACUUCAGACUUUCCAGCCUGCCCAUGACACCGUCGUGGUCCUCGCCAACAAGGCCAAACUUCACAAGACCACGAGCAGCUCCAGCUGUCGUGAAUGCUUUCAGUAGGGCGCAUCUGCAGUCUUUUAUUCAUUAAAACACGUAUGAGCAAA